UCUAUGUCUAUAUAAACACUAGCUAAACCAGUUUAGGAGAUCCAUCUUCUUCCCUUUUGACCUAGUAGGCGGUUUUUGGUCACUCUCUUUCUCUCUAUAUUUUUUGUAAAUUUCGAAGUGAACAAAAAAACACAGCGAGAAUGCCUGCAGUUGGAGGAAUUCCCACGGGCCCUGGCAAGGAGUACCCCGGAAACCUCACUCCCUAUGUCGUCGUAACGUGUGUCGUUGCAGCUAUGGGGGGUUUGAUUUUCGGUUACGAUAUAGGAAUUUCUGGUGGGGUCACGUCUAUGGACCCUUUCUUGCUCAAGUUUUUCCCAGAGGUUUAUCGGUCGAAGCAUAAUGAUUCGUCGAACAACCAGUACUGCCAAUACAACAGUGAGACUUUAACGAUGUUCACAUCGUCGUUGUAUUUGGCUGCUCUUCUUUCAUCACUUGUGGCAUCCAUUGUGACACGUAAACUUGGACGAAAACCGUCUAUGUUGUUUGGUGGUCUGCUCUUCUUCGCCGGUGCUCUUCUCAAUGGCUUUGCCCAAGCUGUGUGGAUGUUGAUUGUGGGCCGUAUACUUCUUGGUUUCGGUAUUGGGUUCGCUAAUCAGUCUGUGCCACUCUACCUAUCUGAAACGGCUCCAUACAAGUACAGAGGUGCUCUCAACAUUGGGUUCCAAUUGUCCAUCACAGUUGGUAUCCUCGUUGCCAAUGUGUUGAACUACUUCUUUGCCAAGAUUGAAGGUGGUUGGGGAUGGCGUUUGAGUUUGGGUGGUGCCAUUGUCCCUGCAAUUAUAUUAACAGUGGGUUCAUUGUUUCUUCCUGAUACCCCGAACUCCUUGAUUGAACGUGGUAAAAUGGAGGACGCCAGAGAAAAACUUAAGAGAAUUAGGGGUCUUGAAAAUGUUGAUGAGGAAUUCAAUGACCUUGUCAUGGCUAGUGAAUUAUCAAAGCAAGUGGAACACCCUUGGAGAAACUUGUUACAAAGAAAAUAUAGGCCACACAUGGCUGUUGCCACCCUGAUUCCCUUCUUUCAACAACUCACUGGCAUCAAUGUGAUCAUGUUCUAUGCACCUGUCUUGUUUAACACCAUUGGGUUCGGAGACAAUGCUUCACUGAUGUCUUCUGUGAUCACUGGCCUUGUUAAUGUUAUUGCAACCCUUGUUUCAAUCUAUGGUGUUGAUAAAUGGGGAAGGAGAUUCCUCUUCCUUGAGGGUGGAGCUCAAAUGCUUGUCUGCCAGAUCAUUGUUGCAGCUUGCAUUGGUGCUAAAUUUGGAAUAGAUGGUAAUCCUGGUGAAUUGCCCAACUGGUAUGCAAUUGUUGUGGUGCUCUUCAUUUGCAUCUAUGUUGCUGCAUUUGCAUGGUCUUGGGGUCCUCUUGGCUGGUUGGUGCCUAGUGAAGUUUUCCCACUCGAAAUUCGAUCAGCUGCUCAGAGUAUCAACGUGUCAGUGAACAUGGUUUUCACAUUUAUUGUUGCUCAGAUCUUCUUAAAUAUGCUGUGCCAUUUGAAGUUUGGGCUAUUCCUUUUCUUUGCCUUCUUUGUGCUGGUAAUGACCAUAUAUAUCUACUACUUCUUGCCUGAGACAAAGAAUAUUCCAAUUGAAGAGAUGAACCAAGUAUGGAGGUCUCAUUGGUUCUGGGCCAAAUUCAUGACUGAAGAAUUCUCUAAUGGAAACGUGGAGAUGCUCAAGGGAGGCCAGGCUCUUAAAAAUGUCUAAUUGGAUCCAAUAAUUAAAAAAAAAAAUACAAGCCCAACUCGAGACCCGAAAGCCUCAAAAAACUGUGCAGAUUUCGGCCGGGAUUGGUUUCCAACUAGCUUUGGUUGUAGGGACUACAUCAAUAUUCUUUUGGAAUCCCAUUUAAUAUUUUGCAAGACUAAAUUAUAGCAAAACUCCCACAUCCUACUUAAGGAGCAUUUGAUUGUACUCUCCACAAAAAUUCAUACGUGCAUAUUGUACUCUCCCACAUCCUAUUU